AUGGCCCCACUCCUACCCUCUACCCUAACCUCACCCCACUACCCCACAUCUAUGAAGCUGGAACGUGAAAACCUUUCCCUCUUUCUCUCUUCUUCUUUCAUCUCUGCAGAACCACCGGGAAGGUCAUCUUUUUCCGGCGAGAGUAACGUAAUUUCACCGGUGGUUGAUGUGGGGAUUCCAAAUGUGGUUGAAGUUUCAGCGUUGGUAGAAUUUCAGAAGUCGCCACCACUUUAGGUACGAGGAUGGAGAAAGACAGGUCGACCUAAGCACUUGAAUCAAUCAUUUACGGAGUUGAAAACUGUUAGAUGCAUCAUCCAUGGUCCUGAAUUGGAGGAAAUUUACAACAUCACAGAGAUGUCAAAAUCAUUUUUUCUAGAUAAAACUUUGAAGUUCACAUCAAGUAUGGUUGGGAAGAUGAUGAAACUUGCUAGAAGACCUAUAUCCAGAAAUACAAAAAUAAAGUUUAUUCAGGUAACUGGAUGUGCCCUUGCUUGUUAUUGGUGCUUCUAUCCUCCCGGCUUCAACAAUAACCCACAACUCAUGCUUCCGCUGAUGGUUGUCUUCCAUAUUUUUAUCACCAUUCUGUUAAUCAUGUUCAUUAUUCUGCGUGUGGACCGGUUAUUUGAUGAAUCCGAGCAAUCUUCAGCCACUCAAGAAGAAGACAAUGAAUCCGAUCAAUAUUCAGCUAGUCAAGAACACGACUAGAUUUAUUGAUGGAUCACUAACAAAAUUGGGUGAUUUAAUUUUGUGGUUAUAUGCAACUCGCAGGUGUGCAACCACAACAAGGUUUAUUUCUUGGAUUCUCACUCAUGUUUUCAGAAAUAGCGUACGAAAUCUAGCGAUCCAAGAAUUGGAAAAUUCGCCAUGGUAGGGGGUAUUUGACAGAAAAUCACGAUUUAGUUCGCAUAUAUUUAUGUCGAAUAGUUAGGCUCAAAACUCCAAGUUCUAGUCCUUGUCUUUAGGAAGUAAUUCCGUUAGUUUUAAGAUUUUAUGUAUUGAUUUAUUUUUUAUUUGUGGUUGGUUUAUUGGAAUUAUUAUGGGUCCAUGUUCCCGUGUUAUUGCUUUGCUUUUAUCUCUUUGUCACACCUUUAUCAGGAUAAUAAACCAAAUAUCUUUGUGCCACUCCUUUAUAGAAUGGAAAAUUCACUUUUCAGCUUAA